UUCCAGAAAAAAAAAAGCAGUCGCCGGGGUAGGAGCACGCCAGCGAAGCAUCUCCGGCUCCCCCCACCCGACGACGACGGCCGACGCCUCCAACCAUCCCCUCCCUACUGCAACACCACGAACUCCCACCGCCCGCCCAUGCCGUGCUCGCUCCUCCACCCGCGGACAUGAUCCCCCGCGAUGGAGGAUCCGGACCCGUCGUCCGCCGCCCCUGAGCCUCCGCCUCCCCCUCCCCCUCCCCCGUCCCCGCCGGAGGAGGGGGAUGGCUGGGUGGUCCUGCCGCCCAGCGAGGUCGAGGGCAUCGACGAUCCCAAGGUCAUCCACUGGGAGGACCUGCAGCAGGAGCUCGCCCGCCUCUGGAGCCUCUCCGCCGCGCUCCAAUCCGUCAGGGACCGAAAAGCGCAACUCGCCGCGCGGCUCGAUUCCUCCAUUGAGGCUAGACGGGCGUUUCUCCAGCAGGAUAAUGAGUUGGCUGAAAUGAGGCAGAGACUGAAAGAGCAUACUCAUCAUCUGGGGGAUUUGAAAGUGCGCACAAAGAAAUCGUCAGAUGAUGUUGAGGGUAAAAGGGAACAGCUUUGCGUCAAAAUUAGAACAUUGUCUGUGGCAAGCAAAACUCUUGGCACCGCGCGCAAUAAGCUUGAGGAAGCUAAUAAAUUGCUGUCAGGCGAAAAUGGUCAUGGGCGCCUUGAAAAUAUGGAACAGAAGUUACGGAAAAGACAGCAAUAUAUGGUAACUCAAGUUGCGCAGAUAUAUCCUGUGAGGCAUUUGGAUGAACAAUCUCCAGAUCACAAGCCUGGAAUUACCACUAGCAUCAUCAAAACAAGCACUGCUGAAUCAAUAUUGCCAAAUGGCUCUCAGAAAAGACCUCUGGCCAUAUUGGGUCUUCAGUUAUCGAAGCCUACUGCCAAAAAGACCGGCUACUUCAGUGACAAGACUGAUUUUCAGAAGUCUUCUACUGUUCUGGGAUAUGCUGCACAUGCAGUCUCCCUCAUUGCAUCAUAUCUCAAUGUUCCUCUUCGAUAUCCUUUGCGCUUUGGAGGUUCGCGGUCAUAUAUUCUUGAUCAUUCGCCUUCAGUUGAGCCAUCAUCUAUGACCUCAGUUGUGAGUUCUGUCCCGCCGAACACAAGCAUGAGGAUGAUGGAAUUCCCUCUGUUUUUCGAUGGCCAGGAGACAACAAGAUCAUCAUAUGCAAUAUUCCUAUUGAACAAGAACAUUGUGGAAGCACCAAACAUGUCAGGCUAGUGAAGAUGGUGCCAUGUUUCUGGACAACAUAUGAAGCUGUGAUGAAUGAAAUAAUCCAACAAAGAAUUUAGUGAUGUCUGAUUCAUGAAAUUGUUACCAACUGAGUGGGUGUCCUUUCUCUAGAGUUACUAUAUUUUGAAGCCAAAAUGUUCAUGUGAUUACUGCAACCACCCCGAUGAUUACUGCAACUAACCGGGUUAUCAGCACUUGGCAUUGUUUCACUUUAGAGUUUAGACAUUAAUAACCUCCUGCGUGCUUCCUGGCAGGAUAUCGAACAACUCCUGAACUACAUUGGCGCAGAAAGUCUUGGGCCGAGAUAUGUAUUAGCUAACCUGAAGCAGCUGACUAUGAUUAUCCAGUCACAACAGUAUAUCUCUACUGAUUAGUUUGACCCAGAUGCAGUUUUGGAGUUCUGAACAUAUUUAGUCCAGACGUGGUUGGUGCUGCUUUUAACAGGCACCCUUUUUUCGUCCCCUAUGGACUCUCAAGAGCCAGUUUCUGUGCUGAUAUGUUCAUUGUAAAUGAGCAAUUCAUUAAAGUUGGUGUAAAACGUUGUCACUUCCAGGUGUACAGGAUAGAUAUGGGUAAGAAACGGCAUACUGUACUAGGAAUGGAGGAAGCAGAGGUUGUUGUUCAUGCCAUAGCCAUAGUUACUAUUGUUUUAGCCUGUUCUCUUCUAGUAGUGUGAAAAAAUGCACCCCCGUUUUACGUGUACACGUUUGACUGCCGCCGCAAGAUCGAGCAAUAUUUCUUGUAUCUUGCACUGCAUGCCAGUAAAAUGAUGAGAAGCUUUCUGUGGUCCA